UUUUUGUAGAAUGAUGAACGGGUUAAAGGUUUAGCCAUCGUAGGUCAUGCCUAUAUUCCCAUCCAAGCUUUAACUUUAUCAACAUAAAUAUUAUUUCGUAAGAACUCGAUUAUCACUAGCAUCGCGUAGUUAUUAAUAAUAGUUAAGUUCUCGUCUCUUAUAUAUCGUGUAAAGCUAAUAAACGAUGACAAUUCUUCUAAAUUAAAACCAAACAAUUGAAAAUGUAGUCCUACUACUCCCUUUUAAUUAAUUAUUCAGUGCAAUAGUGAUUUAAUUUACAACAAUACAUGAGCUGUUUAGUGUUCCUUUCAUCUGUUAAAAGAUCAUCUACGACUUUUUUGACAUGGCUUUGAAAGUUUCAAUUGACCAUUUUUCUAGAAAGGGACCACAAAUUUCAGGAAAGGAGUCAAACGUCAAAGGUAGUAGAUAACCAAAAAGAGAAGUAAAUCUUAGAAGUUUUGUCUAUUCAGGUAUUCAUAGGCCAUAGUCCAUAUGACAUGCCUUGUAUUGCCUUCUUUUUUUACUAUGUGCAACAAUUAUGUUUGUAUCUUUGAAGUUGUUUUUUGACUUCAUUCUUUCACUUUGGUUAACUUAAGCUCAGUCUGUCGGUAAGAGUUCUUAUUGAGAGGAUAGAAUACUUUCGUCUUUUAUUGUGUUGAGAAAGAAGUGCAGGUAACAAGCAGGUAAACUGUCUCGUACUUUGUCCACUACUUGUGUGUACAUGAGAAAUUUUAUCACAAACUUCAUUCACUCACCUCCUAGAAAAGAACACCAAAAGUUUCAUUAUGAUAUUACAUAUCCUCCUAUCAGCAGACAUAAGUUUUACACGCAUUUGAAUCUAAGAUUGAUUUUGCAGAAGGUGACAUCAAACUUAAAGUCAUCGGAUAUGAUAUGCUGUGUGGAAUGGCAGGUGACUACAAAUUCACAGAAACGGUACACCAGCAUAUAGAUCGUGAGGUGUGGGGUAAGAUCAAUGCUAAUCAGAGCAGACCAUCAGUUAGGAAAUGUGCUCAUAUGUUGAAGAGUUUUUAUUCUGAUAUGUUGGCGGAGGGAAAUGAGUUCGAUCAGAUGUGGCUAAAGAUUCAGGGGAAAAAACGUCAUGCUUUUCUGACAUUGGCAGGGUACGAAGACAUAGGUGGAGAUAAACUAAUCCCUCAUUUGUGGUCUGCUACGAAGUUAGGGGCUAUAAGAGAAUCUAAGUGCUGUUAUAGUGGAUCUGGUGGUUCAUAUGCCGAAGUCUUUUUGAAAGAAAAUAUCGGAAAAUGUAAUUCAGUUGAUAACACAAUCGUUAUCAUGCAAAAGGCGUACCUCAAAGCGGCUAGAUAUGACUGUAAAACCGGAGGAAACUUUACGAUUUUUGUGAUUACACCUGAAGAAGACCUUGAAGCUUUGAGGAGGACACCUCUAGACCAAAGAAUGACGGGAAACAUCGAUGAGCGGGUAGCAACUUUAAGUGAAUUGAAAGAACUCUACGAAGAUGAUUUCAAUGAUCGCUCCAUGGAACAAACAUAUGCUGCUGAUAUUUGGGGAAAGAGAAGGAGAGUCUAGGAGAAGCCCUAUUUGAGUAUAGCAGCUGCUUUCAUUUAUGUGAUAACCUCUGACGAGAAGAAGCUACAUCCAGGUUUUGGCAGAACCCUAUUUCCUUCUGCGACGGAUAGAUAUGUUUUAAAGGCCUUUCUUUCUGUCAUUGAUUAGUGAGGUGUGUGGAUAAUGGCUGUGACAGAAGUUGCUUCAGAAACCAUUAGGAUUUCAUAUUCGGAUCUUGAUCCUUGCCUGACUAGGUUAUUACUAAUCUCGUAUGUGGAAGAGGUAUGCUGGAGAACUCUUAUGAGUUGAUCAGUCUCUUCAUUUCUGUAUAUAUUCUUAACAUAUCAAUGGCUAAUGCUUUAUUUUAUUUCUUAGAA